GUUUUGUUUUUGUUUUUUUCUUUCACUACAGGUUUUCAGCUACUGAUGUUACAAACAAAAUAUUGGAGCACAGAGUUGAGGAAAAGACUUAAACCAGAUUUUUCUUCAGUUAGUUAAAAAUAUGGAUUCUGAAGCAGAGGGACCACAGAUUAUCAAAGUGACACCUCUUCAACAAAUGCUUGCUUCUUGUACUGGAGCUAUACUGACAUCACUAAUGGUGACACCCCUGGAUGUUGUUAAAAUUCGACUGCAAGCCCAAAGCAAUCCAUUUCAUAAAGGAAAAUGUUUUGUAUAUAGUAAUGGACUUAUGGAUCAUCUAUGUAUCUGUGAAGAGGAAGGCAACAAAGCAUGGUAUAAGAAGCCAGGAUAUUUCCGGGGAACAUUGGAUGCCUUUUUGAAAAUCAUUCGAAAUGAGGGCAUUAAAUCCCUGUGGAGUGGCCUUCCUCCUACCUUAGUAAUGGCAGUUCCUGCCACAGUUAUUUAUUUUACCUGCUAUGAUCAAUUAACUGCUGUCCUGAGAUCUAAACUGGGAGAAAAUGAAAGCCACAUACCCAUUGUUGCUGGAAUUGUGGCCAGAUUUGGUGCAGUAACUGUGAUAAGCCCAUUAGAACUGAUAAGAACCAAGAUGCAAUCUAAGAACUUUUCUUACAAGGAACUGCAUCAAUUUGUCAGCAAGAAAGUAUCUGAAGAUGGUUGGAUUUCCCUUUGGAGGGGCUGGGCUCCUACUGUUCUUAGAGAUGUUCCAUUCUCAGCAAUGUACUGGUAUAACUACGAAGUUUUAAAGAAGUGGUUGUGUGAGAAAUCUGGUUUAUAUGAACCGACAUUUAUGAUCAACUUUACUUCAGGUGCAUUAUCUGGCUCUUUUGCAGCUGUUGUGACUUUGCCAUUUGAUGUGGUAAAAACACAAAAGCAGACACAACUUUGGAUGUAUGAAAGUCAUAAAAUUUCCAUGCCUUUGCAUAUGUCAACCUGGGCUAUAAUGAAGAACAUUGUUGCUAAGAAUGGGUUUUCUGGAUUAUUUACAGGCCUGAUUCCCCAUUUAAUUAAAAUUGCUCCUGCUUGUGCCAUUAUGAUCAGUACAUAUGAAUUUGGAAAAGCUUUUUUCCAGAAACAGAACACUAGAAGACAGCAAUACCAGUGAUGCUGUUUCAACUUGAAGUAACCAUGGCCACGUAAUAAGAUGGAGACUCUAAUUAGACAAGAACCUUUAUUUUAUCAUACAAUGACUUUGUAUUUUUCUUGUUGAUAAUUUAAAUGCAUAGAAAUUUCUACCU